UUUUCACUUCAGCAAUCAUUUAUGAUUUGUUUUGCCAGAACAAUGUCGAAACUUACGAUAAAAUCAACCUUGCGUAUGAAUUCGGGAUAUGAGAUUCCUAUGCUUGGUUAUGGGGUCUACCAAACACCAACCAACAUCUGCGAAGAAGUAGUGACGAAAGCCUUCGAGACUGGCUACAGACAUGUCGAUUCCGCAGCCGCCUACCGGAACGAAGAGCCUUCCGCUGCAGCAGCCAAGAAGAGCUCCAUCCCUCGCUCUCAAAUAUUCUUCACCUCCAAAGUCCCUCCCAGGAAGUUGUCCUAUGAGAGUGCUUCCGCCCAAAUCGACGCCUCUCUCAAGCUUACCGGUCUCGGCUACAUCGACUUGAUGCUCCUCCAUGCUCCCUACGGGGGCAGAGAGGCACGAAAAGGAGCAUGGAAAGCGCUCGUCGAGGCGAAGGAAGCGGGAAAGGUGCGCAGUAUUGGCGUUUCUAACUACGGCGUCACCCAUUUGGAUGAAUUGGAGGUGUACAUCAAGGAACUAGAGAAAGAGUGCGGCGGUGAGCGGAAGGGCGGCAAGAUCGAUGUCGGGCAGUGGGAGGUGCAUCCGUGGCUGCCGAGACGGGAUAUCGUGGAGUGGUGUGAGAAAAGAAGGGUGGUCGUGCAGGCUUAUUGUCCAAUUGUGAGGGGGAAGAGGAUGGAUGAUCCGGCUUUGCUCUCAUUGGUUAAGAAGCACGGGAAGACGGGCGCGCAAGUUCUGAUAAGGUGGAGCUUGCAGAAGGGAUUUGUGCCUCUGCCGAAGAGCGUGACGCCUGCACGGAUUGUGGAGAAUGCGGAUGUGUACGAUUUUGAGCUCGAUGUGAAGGAUAUGAAGGCGCUGGAGUUGGAUGUCUAUGAGCCUUGUGCUUGGGAUCCGACAGUGGCCGCGUUGGAAGACUAGAGACUCCAAGUGAAAGGUUGUGUAAUUAGACCCCCUUGAGGGUGCAUAUACUUUUCCUGACCUCCGUCGUUCUCAAAGUAUAGUGUCAGCGAUGACCAAGUCUGCU